AUGGCAUCUAAGCUCGGUUCCCCCGAAAAACCUGUUUACACUUUAGCCGAAGGAGUACCAGUCGCGGAUCCGACGACUUCAUUGCGAUUGAGCACUUUCGGUCUAGGAGGCCUUGUGUUAUUGCAAGAUACACAAUUAAUUGAAACGCUUGCACAUUUUUCACGAGAAAGAAUUCCAGAGAGAGUAGUUCAUGCUCAGGCUGCUGGUGCUUUUGGAGAGUUUGAAGUCACUCACGACAUUUCGGAUCUGACUCCAGCGGCCUUCUUGAAUGGCAUUGGAAAGAAGACUCCUUGCAUGGUACGCAUAUCCACAGUAGGAGGAGAGAGAGGAUAUUCAGAUGUUGUGCGAGAUGUGAGAGGCUACGCCAUGAAAUUCUAUACCGAGGAGGGAAACCAAGACUUCGUCUUUAAUAAUACCCCUGUAUUUUUCAUUCGCGAUCCCCUUAAAUUUCCUUCGCUAAACCGAUCACAUAAACGUCAUCCACGAACAAACGCCCCAGAUGCUGACAUGUUCUGGGAUUUCCACAACAACAAUCCGGAAGGAAUACAUCAAAUCAUGUAUCUAUUCUCGGAUAGAGGAACUCCUGCUUCAUUGAGACAUCUAAACGCAUACAGUGGCCAUACUUAUAAAUUUACUAAGCAAGAUGGCACAUUCAAAUACGUACGAUUCCACUUCCAUUCAGAUCAAGGAGUGAAGAAUAAUACAGCAGCCGUGGCAGAGAAGCUCUCAGGAACGAAUCCAGAUCACCAUAAACUGGAUCUUUUUAAUGCUAUCGAACGUGGAGAGUUUCCUAGCUGGACAGCAAGUGUUCAAGUUAUGGAUCCAGAAGACGCGGAAUCGUUUCGUUGGAACGUGUUUGAUAUGACCAAGGUAUGGCCACAUAGCGAAGUGCCAUUGCGGCCCUUUGGUAAAAUGACGCUGAAUAGAAAUCCAAACAAUUUCUUUGCAGACAUCGAACAAGCAGCUUUCUCGCCUUCAAAUAUGGUUCCAGGUAUUGCUGCAUCCGCAGAUCCAGUCCUCCAAGCCCGCCUUUUCUCAUAUCCAGAUGCCGCUCGCUACCGGCUCGGCACAAAUUAUCAGCAACUCCAAUCCAACGCUCCUCAUUGUCCCGUCUACACACCAUAUCAACGCGAUGGUCUCUCUUCAAUCAACGGUAACUAUGGACCCGACCCAAACUAUGUCGGAUCAAGCUUCGUUCCACUUGCUCCUGCGAAUCGCAAUGCUCAGGCUGUGCAUAACAUUCAACAUGAACUUUGGAGCGGAAAAGUGACUGCGUUUACGAGUCGAGUUGUAGAUGAUGAUUUUGUACAGCCACGGAAUUUUUGGAGAGAGGUUCUGGGAAAACAGGAAAGUCAGCAGGAAAAUUUGGUGGGCAAUGUUGCGGGAGAGCUAGCGAAUGUCAAGCAUGAGAGAGUUAGAAGGGAGGCUAUUGAGAUCUUUAGGAAGGUCGAUGAUGACUUGGCAACCAGGAUAGAGAAGAAAAUUGCAGAGUUGUCAAAUCUUUGA